CAUGCCCCUUCUCCGGAUAUCUGAUACGUUGCAUUGAACCACCAUCAUGAUCCGUUCAGGCCCCAGGAAAAAGGGACCCGGAUCGCCCAACAUUAGCAGUCCUGAUCCCAAAAUCGUCUGAUAUAUCCUGAUAUAUGUGUAUCACCAUGGAAGUGGCAUUACUAAUAAUCUUGGUGGUGCUCUUGGUGUACGUCUCGCUCAUCUUCGUACUCCCCCGUCUCAUCUCCAUUAUCUGCACCUUCUUCCUCCAAUGCACGCUCGUGGCUCGUCGCAUCAACCUUCAGGGUCGAGCCCUGGAGGACAUCACCCUCUCCAAGCCAUUGGCCAAUGGCCUCCACGUCGAAAUCAACCUGAAACGCGUGCGAUUCGGCAGCAAUUGGAUGUCCAAUGCCCACGCCUACUUGGACAUUGCCGCUGAAGAGGUCGAGGUCAAAGUCCACGGAUGCGGGUCCUUAAGCUCCUGGCUGGCCACGGCUCCCAAGGGAGCCAAGUCCGGCCUGGAGGAUCACGGAUCGUCGGGUCGAAUCUCGUUCGGACGGUGGUUCGAUCGAGCCGUGUCGCUCUCGAAUCUGAUCUCGUGCUCGAUUACCAAUCUGUCGUUGGCCAUCGAGCUCGAGGAUCCGAAGAAGGGUCGGCUGUGGGCCAAGACGCGGGUCAGUCAUUUCCUCAUGUCCACCAAACGGAUUCACCAUGAGAACGAGAAACUGUGUUGUCAGAUUGGGCAGAUUCAUCAGGAACUGGCCGUGGAUGAGUGCACUUUAGGCUGGGCGGAGAUUCCCUCCUUGGAGAUCCUGAUCGACUUUGACUUGAUCGCCCUCGAUUUAGCUCAAGCUGAGAUUCGGGUGCCCAGUCAUUGGCACGGUUUGAAAGAGUGGCAUCCGGCGCUGAAAUUGCCCGCUUUGUUGAAGCAGGAGUUCGUGCUCAAUGUCGAUAAGCUCAAGGUCAAAUGGCCGCAGAAAAACGAGUUCAACCUCCAAUGUCACAGCCUUCGGUGUGGGUCUACCCGGUUCUUGGAUUUUGCCUUACUGUUACUCGAAGUGAAUGUGGAGCGAGCUCAUGGCGAAUUCAAUGCCACCACCACGCAAUUGAGCGUGAACUUACCCGCAAUUUUGAGUGUUUUGGUGGAGUUGCCCGAACCCCUGAAGAACCAAUCGAUGGCGUUGACUUUCCAUUAUCUUCGACUCGACACCAAGGACAUUGGCUCGGACUUUUCGGUCCACGCUAUGGUCUUUAGUGACGUCCAGGGCGAUGAGCAACGCGGACAGCAGCCUCCGAUUUUGAAGGUCGAGAGCAUUUCCUCAUCGUGUGAUGGUGAUCGGACCCUUAUCAAUGUGCACGCCCACAAGCUUGAGGUCCAUCUCGAAUAUUCGGUCAUGUCGGACCUUUUGAGCUUGACCGCCUUGACCCUGGCCAAGAUACCUAGAAGACCGAUUUCAGUCACAAGCGUCAAGGAUAGAUCUCGGCUCUCACCCGUGGAAAGGCACAUAUCAGUAGGCUGUGACCAGAUUUCGGCUGUGGUCACCGUGGAUCCUCGUGGAAACGUAAGCUUGAGCACGUUGGGCCAGGAUUUCGGCGUGAGCUUCAAAGGCAAGUCUAGUUGGGCGGCCACCAUUCGAAAGAUUUCCCUGAUUGAUCACACUCGCCUCAAGCGCCCGUUGGUCUUUCUGGAUUGUGAACAGCCUUUGAGUUUGAUCCGUGAGGCUCAGGCCUUGCAGGUCACGACCAAAAGCAAUAUCCGAGUCAGUUGGCAAGGCUACGCCCAUUUAGCUUUGUUUCGGAUGUCCUCCUUGGUGAAGGACAAGCUCCAAGGGCUGCCUUCGUUCUGGAAAGCCAAUCCAGGACCGUCUAGUCAGGGUGCAAGCGUCAAGUUUUCCGCGGAUUGCCCCAGUAUCUCGAUUCAUCUUCACUUACCCGAGACCCUUAUGACUUUGGUGUUCAAGAAUCCCACGUUAACGCGAACCAUCGAGAACGCCUUCCAUUUGGGGGUGGCUAAAGGCCGGAUUGGGUUCGAUAAGCACCCGGAUAUUAUCGGUUGGAGUGACUUGAACAUCUGCUCGGCUGAGAAUCAAUCUAAUCAUCGGGCGGAGAUGACCAAGAAGAUUACCCCUGUGAACAGACUCAUUGAGAUCUCGGUGGUGAACUUCGAGAUCUCGUUCCCCUAUGAAUACAACGUUCACAAGGCCUACUCGACCGAUCUCUUAGGUACGUUCAAGUGGUUGAAGCGGGUCCAUGGAGUGGACCAGUCCAAUUUCGAUCGCAUUCAUCCGGAUGUGUUGCUCUACGCCAAGACGAUCUCCUUCCAAUUGGCGGACGAUCCGUUCGAGGUGAGUUUGAGAGACAAUUACGAGCUCCUGGAGGAUGAGUUCUUCGAAUCUCACAAACGAGCGGUGUGUUUGGAGGCCAAAAUCGACGACCUCAGAAGAACCCACAUUCUUCUUCCAUCGAACAAGAUCGAGGAGCUCUUUGCCAACUUGUUGAAAAAGAACGCCGAGAUCUACAUCCAAAGGUCCAAGAAUCUCCGCCAGAAAACCCCAAGACGAACACGUCUCAUGCAGGCGUGCUACAACUCUUUGAAACUUCACAUUUUAUCCGAUCAAAGUCUCGCCGGAUGGGAGAACAUGACCAAAUUCAUGAAGGGAGUCGAGUCGGACCUCGUUUGGCCAGAGGACAUCUCCUUCUCCACGAUCCUGGCCAAAUGGGUUCGCUUCGAGUGCAAGAAUGCCUUUCUGAAGCUUCGUGACUUUCCCCAACCUUUCAUCGAGAUGAGACACCUCCUCUUUUGGGGCAAAGUGGUUUUCGCCGACGAAAGUCCAGGGCCACGGGCCAAACGGACCCAAGCCCUGAAAAUGGGUCAUCCUUUCCCCGACGAGACGAUCGAGCGAAGCUUACAAUCGCCCAAGCUCUACAUGGACAUAGCCAUGGAUAUGGGCUACUAUUCGUUCUCUCAUGGACCUUGUUGGGAGCCCGUGAUUGGUCAGGUGUUUGCGGCCAUGAACUACAUCACGGGUCUCACGAAAAACGACCCAUCCCCACCGCUGACUUGGUGGGAUAAAAUGCGAUAUUUCAUCCAUGGUCGUCUGCUCUGGUCUGUGCAAUCCUACAAGGGCUAUCUCCACACAUCAUUGGAUCCCUAUAACACCACCGAGGAGAUAGAGCUCUCCUUGACGAACGCCAAUUUCCAGUUCAUCAACAACGCAGUGGUGAAAUGUGACGCCCAAUCGUUGGAUCUGUUUGCUCGAACCGCCUCCAAAUACGACGAUUGCCGCCUCUUUCACACGCCCAAUUUCUCCCUGUCUAUCUACUUUGUGUGGCUGUGCCAGGGCCAGGCUAAGGAUCAUUUUGCGGUAUCGCUUUGCUCUCGACAAAAGUUGCCUGAAUUCUCUGCACAGCAAGGGCACGACUCAUUUCGGGCCUUCCGAUCGCACAACAUGAACGUGCGCAUCAAUCUGGAGACGACCAAGACCUCGUCCCAUGAAAAGCCCAAGAUCCAUUUGUACAGCUCCACCAUUCGAUGGAUGGAGAGUCUGAAAUGGUUGUUCUCCGGCAUGGCACGCCCAGUGCGGCGAGGAGCCUUGUUUGGGACGCCUCCGGUGCGCAAGCAGAGCUUCUUCCGCCACUUCAAGGACGUGGACAUUUCAUGCUCGUUUAAUUGCUUGGAGUUCGAUUAUUGGACCUCGGCCUCCAUGACGAAGGGCAUCUUGGUGGUCAUCUCCAAAGGCUUGUUCUUCUCCGGGAAAUAUCGCCUUCAUUUGGCCAAGGUGAACGACGGGCUCAUCCGUCGUCCUCGCACGGCUUGGAUCACCGAGUACACCAAUUGCGAAUUCAGCUCCACAGACGUCUGGUUCCAAUGCAUCUGGUCCAACAACACCUCCACUUCUGCCACAAGCAACAUGAACAAUAGCAAUAACAACAACAACAACAAUAACGCGGACACAGACACGGCCAGUGAAGGUGGCCAAUCUUCAUCCACCGUGUCCGAAGAGGGGGGUAGUCGUCAAUUGGAGAAGAACUUCUUCUUCUUCGUCGAGAAGGUCCAAUACAAUCGGGAUAUUAGCAAAUUCAAACAGCAGCAACAGCCACCGCCACAACCCUCCCAAACCCAGCCACCCGAUGCAUCCGCCACAAGUUGCCCUCUGCACUGUCUGAUCGUAAAUGGAGCUCGAGGGGCGUGGACCACGUCGAAUCGGGAUAUGGCUUUUGCCCUCUACCAAAGCUGGCGACGAGCUCACAUUCUCCGGAAUCAACUCUCUUCGGAUGGACUUAAGCCUUUGCAGCAAAAGGAUAUCGAGAUGAGUGCUCCCAACACGGGCGAAGCAACCACCCCUGGGAGUCAGGAAUCCUCUCCACCAUUGGGAUUGUUCCCCAAGAGGGGCGACGAUGAGCUGUGCCUGUCCAAAUUGAGUUGGAACGACAAGGCUUAUGUGGAAGAGUUGCUGGAGAACCCAUCCUGUACCACCGUUUACAGUGACGAUCAGUACGUGAAUGCCAAAGAAAAGGAGUUGGACGCCAAAACGGCCGCUUGUGGGAAGAACGAUGUCCAGCAAAGGGAAUGGGUAAUCAAGUUCAUCAAUUGUCAGAUGCUUCUCAAGGGCACCGAGACCAAAGGCUAUCUGAUCUUGAGUGCCACCAAGGCCGAGGCUUUGCGAACGAUUCACACCCCGGUCUGGAAGGACGAGACCCUUCUCAGCAAGAUCUCGUGGUCCGGAGCCUUGGAGUGCAUGCAGUAUUUCGCCACGGUCUCGCCCAAUCCCGAGACCGUGCUCAUCGAUGAGAUCCUUUGGGUGCCCCAAGAAAUGAUCGAGAGUCGAGAGACGACCAGUGCUACUUUGGCCCCGCAAGAGGAUUUGAUCGAUGCGAGUAAUCGAUCCGUCGGCGGGGUGAUCAGCGGCCAGAGUGGACCGCAUCAACUCCAAAGGAUUGUAUCUCAAUGCAAGUGCGAGUUCUUUUAUGUGGCUUACGGGGAUGAUAGCGUAGAGGUGGAUCGGGAUUUGAUCCCGAAACGCCCCGAGGAGUCACCAUGGACGGACCGGGACGACUAUGUGAAUUGCUUUGCCCUGAUCCAUCACGAUUUGAACGUGUCCACGAAUAGUUUGCAGUAUUCCAUGAUCCUGGACGUGGUGAACAAUUUGUUGCUCUUCAUCGAUCCGACGUUUCGAAGUCGAACCGAGAACUUCCUGCGUCUCAAGUAUCAGCUCAUGCUCUCGAAUGUGAUGGAUCAGAGGAAACCAAUCGCUCAACUCCAGAGCCAAAUUCGGCAACUGAUCUGUCAAUUGAGGGCCCGAGAGAAAGAUGUCUACUAUUUCCAUUCGGGUCGGAAUCAUGAGCGAGCUCUCGAGGAUUUGGAAACCGAGAUCCAGCGCCUCAAAGAAAGCGUGGCCCAUAUGAGUGAAGAGCUCGAUCUCAGACUUCGGUGUCUGAACGAUUUCCAACUAUCUCAAAACCAGAAACGUCACCUUCUCCACAAUGACCGGAAAGGAGAGCUCAGGCAAAAGAGCGAGAUUUUCUUCUCCCGAGCUCAAUGGCGCUUAACCGAAACGGAUGGACAAUUGGGCAUCGCAGACGCGGAUAUCGUGAACUUCUCAUACUCCCGAGCUAUCAUGCGCGAUGAUUCCACGGAGCAUCUCUUGGAGAUUGGCUACAUCACCGUCAAGAACCUACUCAAAGAGCAGCUCUAUACGGAAGUGAUCAGUCCCUCAGAUCUCACCAAUGUGCCCGUGGACCGACAACGAACCUUGCGAAUGUUUUGCCGAGAGAAACCUCCGGUGGGCGGGAUCUCGGUGAAGGACCAUUUCGAAAUCAAUCUGGUGCCGUUGUCUAUUGGCAUUACCCAGAGUUUCUACAAGAAGAUUGUCAUGUUAUGCUUCCCCGAGCGACUGAGUGCGGAUGCUAAGGUGGAUCAGAUUGCCCCCAAGGACAAGAAAAAGGCCGUGGAAGCGUCCAAAUCAUCUGCCAAGAAGAGUUCCAAUUUCUAUGUGGACGUGCCUCUCUGCAAAGACGACGUCGAGCUCAUGAAGGAACGGGCUCAACAGAACAAGCUCUUCGUGUACAUCAAGAUCCCGGAGGUCCCCAUCAACGUGUCCUUCAAGAGCGAGAAGGAGAAGAACAAGAUCCUGGACGUAUCCGGAUUCCUGCUUCAAGUGCCCACCAUCGAGUACCAUAACGUCACGUGGACAUGGCUGGACUUUCUCAUGGCCGUGAAGAGCCGGACCAAAGACUCCCUGGUGUCCCAGGCCAUCAAGCAAAAGCUGAGCAUGAGAAGCACGCAUGCCAAGAGCGAGGCCAAAAACAAACGUCAAAACGCGCUUAACUUGCAAGACGACACCGAGAAGGCCAAGCUUCUUUUCGGGGAUAUCAACUUUCCGCAAGGCGGCACUCGCAAAAAGAAAUGAGCAUGUCCAUCUGUGAUAAUUUUUUUCCGGGGCAAUGAAUAAUGUCCUUAAUCUA